AUGGUAACGUCGCUUGUGGUUGAAGGAAGGGAUGACGUCGGUGGAGCUUGGUGGUUGCCGACACCAUCUACGCCAGCUUCGUCACCGUUACAACCGUCGCCACCACCUCCCUCUGACGCCUCUGUUACUGACCCUGGAACCAAUUUUGAUAUUCAUUCUAAGAUCUAUACAAAGAGGGUUUUCCAUGAAACAAAUUUGAGCGAGACGCCAUGGGAGAGUAUGGGAGAGCAACUUUAUGUUCUUUUAGUGGAGAAUGAGGCGAGAUUCAGAGUUAGGUGCGGGAAUGGAUAG